UUUUUUGCAGUGCUAAAGGAUCUGAAUAAUUCUUCCAUCACUGACUACAUUUGUCUGACAGUUUCAGCUACUAGUUACUUUGAAGAUUAAGAUUUUACAUUUUAUAUUUUACAGUUUAUAAAACAUGAUGUACUUCCGUAUAUUAAGCUACAAAACAGUUUAAAAUGUUGUUAAAAUUAGCUCCACCUCGACCAACUAUAAUAGUAAAAUUUCUUCUUUGAAUGAAUACUUCCUCCACCACUGCUCAGAACUCAAAAUCUAAUACCCACCUAUUUUUCCCAUUUUCCUUCCAGUUUUCUCCCUCUGAGGUUUUGCCGUUGCAUCCAUGUCUUUUAUCACAAUUUUGACCCACAGAAAGGAAUUCUCACAAGAUAUCAAAACAAAAAUCUAUAUUUAAUAUGGGAGCAAUUACAAAGCGAAGUUGGCUGCACAGGGCCGUUGUCACCAGAGCGCGUGUUUUUCAUCAAAUGGGUCAUUAGACGAUGAUGGAUGUAAACCUAUAAAGUAUCUAAACUGGACCUUUUAACAAACCACGAGCAACACUAUCAUUUCUCUAAUAGAACCUGCUGACCGUGUCAUUCCCUCCUGCCAUUUGUCAUUUUUCCUUGUGAAAUAAUCAAUAUCUGGGCGCUUUGAAAUAAAUAAUAUAAAAGUCAUGGUAACCUACCCGAGGAGCAACAAAAAUAGACUUAUGGAGCAUUCAGAAGGCCUAUAUGGCCUCUGGGCAAUGUCUGCUGCAUGUUUCUAAUCAAUGCAUAAUAUGAACUGUAUUUUCUAAACUACAGACUACAGGAUCUUUGUACAGUUUAUUUUCAGAGUUGUUCUCUUUAUCCCCAAUUAUGCACGUUGGACUGUCAUUAUAGUAGUAAAACACUGUAGUAAAGUAUUAUUUGUGACGUAAAUAUUACUAGUCCUUUCAACAAUUUAUUUUUUCGACUAUAUUUUAUCAGUCAACAAUCUGGGAAUCUGGCCUUUAUGACGCAAACCUACAAGAGUCACUUUUAUUCAAGACUUCAAAUAAUAAUAGAUAAAAUAAUGAUAUAUGCACACCAAACAGCUCCCAAAUGAUAUAUGUAUUAAUUUCAUGCAACAUUUUGGUCACAGGCAUCAGCUACAGAUCAGGCAUUAGCCUCCCUUUGUUUAAUUUCUUCAUCCUUCCACAUUUCUUUUUGAAAUAUUGUGACUUAAAUGACAAUAUUCCGUCCUGUUUGUAUAUAACACCUUAAACACAACAAUACCUCUGGGAUCAAAUCUGGGAUUGUCAUGCUUCCCCUUGGUGUCCAGUAGUAAAAAAGGUAUGAGAUUUCCAGGUAUCAGGAUAUUAACUAAUCCAAAUUUCUUUUACUCUUUUUAAGAUCACUGGUCCAUGCACAUUGUCCAGAAAAACAUGGGUGAAAUUGCAACCUGUAAGAGUUUCCAUUGGCUUUCCAAUCUUCUUAUCCAGUUUCUAAUUGGCUGUCUAUAUUUACAACUAUUGACUGACGCAUAUUAACGCAUACUAAUAGAUGCUCCCAACCUGAUAUACACAUUUUACACCUCAGUCUGAGGGUGCCAUCAAAUACCUGUGAUGAUAACCAUGUAAGGAAAGGCGGUAAUUACAUCAGAGUAACAGGAUAUCUCCACUUGAGCAGCUCCCUAAAUGAAUAACACGUGUUAAUUACAUGAACAUGCCCGUGCGUGUAAGAACUCUACAAGAUGAUGAGGGACGAAGCACCAUGGCACCCAGUACAAACUUUACCUUGUCACUGACACCCUUUAUUAUGCCUGCAUAUCGCAUGGCUAAUGAAUGUAAAAAGAUGAUUCAUGGCUGAAAGGAGUAUCUCAGUUAGGUGUGUCGUACAUGAUCAAACUGUUACAGGACAAAUAUGCUGUAGAAGAAAACAGCUGUGUCACUGUUUGUCUUGGUCUCACACACCGACUUGGAUUAUGUCCCUGGAAACUUAUUCUAACACUAAUCAUGAGUAACUUUAACCAAAACCCUAAUCUUUACCCUAAAAUGUAGUGGCUUGUCUUAUGUGGGGACCGCAACUUGGAGGUGAGUCCCCACAAUGUGACAGUGUGAUGAGAUUUUUUGUCCCCACAACGUGAUUAAUGCAAACCCUAACACACACACACACACACACACACACACACACACACACACACCCUCCACUCAGUCCACACACUUGCAUUCCCUACUCUUGGCCCACAGAGGACGCUGUCUCCCCGUUCUUCUCCUACACCAGCCUCGAACCAAUGGACUGCUUUUUAACAAGUCAAUUAAUAUCAAUGAGUGAAUAUACAUAGCACAUUUACAAAGAGUGCAAUCUGAGGGAUGAAUUAACCAAAUCGAUUAGGGAGGAAUAAAUGACUGUGCGACCCGCAGACAUUGUGGAAGUGGCCCUUGCUGAAAAUCAAUGAAUUAGAAAUAUGAAUCUAAUCGCCCGUUGGUGACACGCUGAGUAGCUGCAGCCUGAUCUCAGGCCUCUCUCAUAUUGUGUCUGAGAAGCAAAAAUUUGGUGUUGGCAUAGGGACCGUACACUCGUAUUUAAUCUUGUUUUGUCAAAUUAGGAUGGACAUUUUAACCCGAGUGUGUGUUAAUGUUUCUGCAUGAGAAAGGUGGCGUUUUAUUGAUUGCGAGACUUUUGCACUAUAACCUGCGCACCCUGUUGGUAUUAUUUCAUGAGUUUAUAUGGCAGUGGGAAUAUUGUGCUGUUGGAAAGUUGCUAGAUGGCUGGCUUGUUCAUCUCACACACGGGAUUUAUUCGAGAAAAUUUGCUUUAUUUAAUAUAAUUAGUUUGAACGGACUCACGAAAGCAUCACAUUGAGGCCCUGGAUAAUGAAUGCAAGCAAUAUGAUAUAUUAUUAUUAGAAGUAUUAUUAUCAUUAUUAUUAUUAUUAUUCGGUUAUAUUUCUUUUAAAUACAAAGCUUCAGUUGAUGGUUAGAAGCUGUCUAGAAGUUAAAUAUAGACUAACAUCUCCUACAAAUCUACUAAGAAAUAGCCGAAUUUAAAAUAUCCACCAGACACCUGCAGCCUGAGUGGAAGCGGCUCAAAAUGUAUCACUAAAUAUAAAAACACACUGGUUUAUGGUUUAUGGUUUAUGAGAAACCUCGUGCAGUCGAUCUGUGUCUGACUGUAAUGUUAGUUGUGUGAUGAGGCGCUUAUCCCAAACCUUCCUCUUUGGCGCUAACAGCCCAGUGUUCAUUUGCUGCCUAAUUGGACUAUAUGAGACCAAUAACAGGCGAGCACACACAGCCUGCAGCCAGAGUGCACAGAGAGAGGAGGAUGGUCUCUCUCUCUCUCUCUCUCUCUCUCUCUCUCUCUCUCUCUCUCUCUCGCUCUCUCGCUCUCUCUCUCUCUCUCUCCCUCCUCACCGUCUCUCCCUUAAUCCCAUUUGCCAUUGUACAUGCCCAAUCGCCUAUACUUUCCGCAUUUAACUUGGAUGACAUUUUUAUUUCAUCAUUAGCAUCAGACGCCAGACUGACUGACACGGUGGACACAGUUUGCGAUUUGACGAAAGAGCCCGGAAUGAGACAUCUCCAUGUUUAUAAGUGUUUUUUUGUACCUCUCAAACAUUUUAUUUUAUUAUUUUUCUAGCCUAGAAGGACGUGCGUUUUAAAAAAUCCCUGAGAAGAAUAAAACAGGGAAUCCACGCAGCCGGGAUAUCGACAGUCUGUAAGUCAGCCUUGCGGUUUUUUUUUCUGUCUAUCUGAAUUCCUGCUUCCGUGGUCCUCUGCGUUCAGACCACAGCCACAGCGAUGCCAGAGACAACGCAAGAGACGUGCGCUUCGGCCAAGGACUCUCCUUUCUUCAUUAAGAACCUGCUGAACUGUGAUAGCAAACCGUCCAAACCAAAGCCCGUAUUGGCUGCCACAAAGGCGGCCUUGGAGGGAGGAUUUUCCCUUUCCCAGGUCGGGGAAUUCAACUUUCCACGCUUUGACCUGCCCGCACAGAGGUUCAGUCUACCGGCUCACUACUUGGAGCGCACCUCGGCGUGGUGGUAUCCCUACGCCCUCAGCUCAUCCGCCCACCUACACAGAACCGAAGUCACCGAGAAACCAAGAGCCAGAGACUCCUCUCCAACCUCGGGCACAGACAGAGACUCGCCGGACCUGGUGCUCAAAUCGGAGCCAGACGCCAAAGACGACGACGAGGACGAUGAGCACAACAACAAAAGCGGCGACGAGAUCAUUCUGGAGGAGAGCGACACGGAAGAAACCAAAAAAGACGAGCUGGAGGAGUGGAAGAAGAGGGACGACGACAAAAAGCCGUGCCGCAAGAAGAAGACGCGCACGGUUUUCUCCCGGAGUCAGGUGUUCCAGCUGGAGUCCACCUUCGACAUGAAGCGGUACCUGAGCAGCUCGGAGCGGGCCGGCCUGGCCGCAUCCCUCCACCUGACGGAGACUCAGGUGAAGAUCUGGUUCCAGAACAGGAGGAACAAGUGGAAAAGGCAGCUGGCGGCGGAGCUAGAGGCCGCCAAUCUGAGCCACGCCGCGGCGCAGAGGAUAGUCCGGGUGCCCAUCCUCUACCACGAGAACUCGGCCUCGGAGAGCGGAGGCGCCGCUGCCAACGUGCCAGCGAGCCAGCCGCUGCUCACCUUCCCGCACCCCGGCGUGUACUACUCCCAUCCCAUCGUCACAUCCGUGCCACUACUCAGACCGGUUUGAACAGAGCUGAGUGGUGCGGCACAAGUUCGUGUUUAUUUUGCAAAUCAACUCAUCCGAAAAGUAAAAGAAACACUUAAUAUUUUUGUACAAGUGACUGAAUGAAGACACAAAACAACAAAAAGAAAAAAAAAAAAGAAAAAAAGAGACACACUGUCAGGCCUACAUGGACCUAUUCUGGCAAAUGUAUUGUGUCAUUUUCCAUUAAGGGUGCCGUUUACUCAUGAUCCGACAAUUCAAAUCUCAUGUUUUAUUAUUAUUAUUAUUAUUAUUAUUAUUAUUAUUAUUAUUAUUAUUAUUAUUAUAUGUAAGUAUCACCUCAGGAGUCCACCUGCUUACACUGCCUGAUGAGUGUCUUUUAUUUUUUACACCAUGACUUUUGCUGGACAGGCCAACUCUGUGUGAUGUACAAAAAAAACUUUACUUUGUUUACAAAAAUUGGGCAGCCUAAAGGGCGCAGACCUGCUUAUCAUCUGACUUCAAUCAAUUAUUAGAUUUUUUAUUUACAUUUCCACUACUGAUUACCCGAUGAUGUGCAAUACACUGACUGUGUGCUGUGAAUGAAUCAGUCCACGCUUUGGGAAACAUGCGCGUUUUGUCAUCUAUUCACGGUGGAAUAUUCUACUGAUGAGGCGUUGUUGUAGGCUAAUUUCCCUUUUUAUGUUCUAUUUUUUUGCUUUUUAAAUCUUGACGGGGGACAAUCAAGACACUCUCAACUGUAAAAUACACAUGUAGCUUUAUGUUUAGUUUUAGUGCUUCUCACUCUUGUUCCCUCCACAUGGACACGUCCUUCAAGCACAAGUGUGAGUUCCAAUGUCUCUUAAUCUACUUUGUGUUUUUAAACAGGAGCGGCAAAAAUAUCGACUACACUGGUGUAAAAAAUAUGUAAAUGUAUAUAUUUAAUGAGGCGGCGUCUCCUUUGUACAGUAAAGACAUCGUUUUGAUAUUGUACUGCUGAACCAUGUUGUGAAAUAAAUGGAGAAUAUUCCUUA